CGUUUAACUUUCAAUUAGCGAUGGGUUCCGUGACUUCUGCUCUAACUAGGACGAGGAACGCGUUGGUGAAAGUAGGCUCAGAGCCGGAGAACCAUGACCCGGAGAGAAGCCAGUCCGCUCCGGAGUCAGACCGGGCCAAUAGCAAAGACAGGAAAAGGGCAACACGGUUCAACGUUUCUAACCAGACCGCACGGCAGAGCUCCCGGCAGUCGCUGUCCGAGGUCCUGAGCAGACAGGACUCCGACAGAGCCAAACAGAGUUCAAAGAAAAAGGCUUUCGAGAGUCCACACAGCGUGGCAAAUGAAGAAGACAGCUCAGCAAGACCUCAGGCCAGUUUUGCACGCUCAAAGUCCCAGAGUGCUUUGUGGAAUGCCAUCACUGCAGGGAUGGGGAUCAAAGGCAAAGAGCAGAAGCCCCCCCUGAAUGACCCACGGAGUCCUGAAGAGAUUCUGGCCGAUGAUCUUCCUGCAGCAGAUGAACCAGAUGCCACAGAGAAAACUGCCAUCAGUUUUCCAGUAGAUGAAACAGAACAUGGUUUCUCAUUAUCAGCCAGACUCCUCCCUCUCUUUGACUGGUGCUCUUUUCCCCUCCCUCCCUCAUGUGUGGAGGGCUCGGCAGUGAGCGUUAAUCCCGGAUUGCGCUGCCCUGCCGUCUGCAUCCCGUUGUUGCUGGGAGAGCAUGGCACGGCUCCAGGACCCCUGCGCUGA